AUGGCCAGAGGACAGCCUCGUUCGACACCGCCGCAAACCAACCCACCCCCCGCCGAUGUCGACAUGACGGACGUCAUGAACCCCGCUAGCCAGGAUGAGGACGUCCGCCCGGUAGACCGUACACCGACCAGUAACCCCUCGUCGACUUUGCCGCUGCUUUACGAUCUCGACGCCCUGGCCCAAAUCCCGCAGGGAGAGUUCACCAAGGACGUUCCGCCCGCGCCGAUAGGGGAGUUCACGAAACCACGCAAAACGUCGACGCCGACGGAUGCAGGGGAGGCCGGGCCGUCGUCUGUGCCGGACGGAUCGGGCGACCAGGAUGAGGACGAUUAUUCAUCGGCGAGCGACGAGGACGACGAAGACGACCCGCGGCCCCGACGUGGUGCAGGUCCGCGCACGUUGGAAGAAAAACUCAGGGGGGAACGUGCAUUCAUAGAGGAACUGUUGGACGAGAACGAGCUUGAGGAUCUGCUGCACACGUCGGUCCCUCGAGAAAUGUGGAAGGCGGCCGACUUCGUAGAGGAAGAUAUGGUGUACGCGUGCGUCGACGUGCUCGUGAUGGAGGGAAUGCGCCACCUGAAAACCAUAGAGGCCAAGAGCACGCUCAAGUCCUACACCUCAUGGAUAUACGACUACAAAAGGUGGACGGCGAAGAUGCUUAAAAAAAUUGGCGACAAACUGCCGACAGCAGAACAAAUGAGGCACGUCGACGAGAUAGGGCACUGGACACACAACAACAAGAGCAAGGAUUGGGACAACGAGAAGGUGGUCAAGCGGAAGCACAUAUGGCUGCACGGCCCCUGGGUCACUAGUACGCGACUGCGCGCCUACAUCAAGUUCAUGAGGCGGGAGUACAAGAUCGACGCCGACACGAACGAGCUAGUGCGAGCCUACACGGUGCACAUGAUCCUCGGCCGCAUCAAGGCCUGCCAGAUGGCGGCGAGGGUGGAGGCGACGCUCUUCAAGGAGAAGGAGUUGGGCAUCAUGCGGGAAAUCUCGGUGGUCCGGUCGGAGGUGCUCACGCUGCUCUCCCACCACAGCCUCAUGCGCGGUGCAAGCAUACGCGAGAUAACGCUCCCCGACAUCUUCCUGUACCGGCUGGCGAGCACCUCGUCGGUGAACCCGGAUAACCAGCCGGUCGUCAUGGUGGUCGCCGCGCGGAACUCGAAGACGUCGAAGGAUGCGCGUCUUCAACAGAGCUACGCGGCGCGGCACCUAGAAGCGGAGUUGUGCGCCGUCGGCGAGACCGGGCUGUGGUUACACUUCGUCCUCGACCAGAUCGGCUAG